AAAAACGCACAAGAUGUGCCUCCUUGUACUGGAUGUACUGGAAGUAAUUUAACUGGAGGGCUAAUAACAGCAGGGAUAAUCACGUGUACGGAGUACCUGCUCAGUCGGAGGGGGGUGGUGGUGGUGGUGGGUUGGACGUGAUGAGAGGCGUUUCCAGCGUUAUAGCGGCGCGUCGCUUGCUCACAGGCGUUUCUUUGCGCUCCCAGCUGCUGAGUUGAAGCACCGGUCGAGCGCAUACCACUUGGCGGUAGAUGCGUCAAACAAUGACAGAAUCGCCUCGUUUAUUAAACAAAAGUGGAAUCAUGAUGUCGGGUUUUUGGACUGAGCUGGAAUGAUAGAAUCGCUGCGUAACAGUGACCGCACGCCUACAACAACGAGGGAACCUGUGCGCCUUGGCACCGGAGGGAAACACCAAACUUCAGUGAAGAGCUGAGCUUCAAUUUAAACGAAGAAAAAUAAAGAGCACACCAUAAGACUGAGCAUGACUAUUUUCUCUGAUGUAAAUGUAAAGUAACAUUACACUUUUAGGUGUGGAUAGCGUCCGUGCUGUGCUCGUUGUGCUCCCCUCCCAAACCGUGCCAAUGCUGGAAUGGCUUGUGGCUGUGUGCAUUGUGAUCCUGGUGGUCUUGCUCUGGCCGGGCACCAAAUACUUUGGCACCGAGAGCCCACCGGAUGCUUUGCUUCACGGAUUGGGGAUUGCGCAGCAGGCGGCGGCGAAGGACAAGACCGGGAGGUGCGUCUCAGACCGAGAGGGGAGCGACGGUGCCCAGACGGCCUGUGCGACCGCCGUGACCGAUGAUAAAGCACGCACCGUGGCGCUAAUCUGCAAACCGUCCGCGCUGGCCAACUAUCUCCUCAAACACUGCAGGACUUUCAGCAAUUACUCGCCGUGUGUCGGCUGGACAUGGCGGGCCAGCGCCUUUCUCCAGAGCGUGCACGAGGCGUGCUGGCCGUACGACAGUCCGGUCCAGUUCGUGCGGGACAACCUGCAGCUGAGCGAUGAUGGGCUGGUGGCCUUGGACUGGGCAGUGCCGUCCUACCAGAAACGACGCAGGACUUCCAGUCACUCCACCAGUCCGGUUCUUCUCAUCAUCCCAAACUCUUUUGGGAAGAUCACUAGGAAUGUGUUAAAGCUGUGUGAAACUGCACUUUCCCAUGGCUACCUGCCAGCAGUUUUCAACCGCCGCAGCCACAACGGCACCCCGCUCACCACCCUCAAGCUGCAGCAGUUUGGUGACCCCACGGAUCUGCGUGAGGCUGUGCGCUACAUUCGCUACAGGCAGCCUGCAGGAAGACUGUACGCGGUGAGCGAGAGCAGUGGCUCUGGCCUUCUCCUGUCUUACCUGGGGGAGUGCGGGUCGUCGAGCUACGUGACGGCGGCCGUCUGCUUGUCCCCCGUCUUCCGCUGCCAGAGCUGGUUUGAGAACGGACUGUGCUGGCCCCUGCAGUGGGCACUGGUGCUGUACCAGAAGAUAUGUCUCAGCAGGUACAGGACAGUGCUGGGUGAGACCAUACAGACAGACGCCCUGUUUUCUAGCUGUUCCUUGCGUGGCCUGGAGGAGGCACUGUUCUGUCAGAGUGGACAGGUGGGUUCUGCACCAGCAACAGGGACCAGCAGUAGCAAUACUUCAGGUGCCUGGGAUGCUUACUGGGAACGCAACGAACCCCUGAGAGAUGUGGACGAAGUUGCCAUUCCUGUUCUGAGCGUGUGCGCUCAGGAUGACCCGAUCCGCGGUGACACCCAAUCCACAGUGCCCAUGGAACUCUUCGAGAGCAACCCACAUUUUUUCCUCCUCCUAACUGAAUGUGGAGGACACUGUGGCUUCUCCACCCUGUCUGAGGGGAGCACCGCCGGUGCAUCUGGAGUGGUCAGCCCUGCGGCUGCACCAAACAGUGGGAUGGAGAGCCGUGGGACCAACUGGAGCCACAGAGCUCUGCUGGAAUUCUUCAGGGCAACCACAGACUUCUUUGCCGCCGAGGAGAGAGCAAAGCAGCUCGCCGCAAGGAGGAGGGGGCUGGGGGGAGGAGGAGGGGGAAGGGUUUUCCGCCACCGCAGCGUCAGUACAUGCAAAAGAGUGCCAGUGUGUUCCCAUAAUAUCCAUGCCAUUUACAACUGGCAGAGGUCCUACACACGAUGAGGGAGCUUAAUGGAAGUUAAUGGACUGCACUGAUGCUUUCUGAUAUUGUUUGGAUUUGGGAUGAGAAGCUCUCAGGUUGUUCUCCGCCUGUGUGACACUCAGCUACAAAGUGUUAUGAUAACCAAAACUAGAAAAGUGCAGAGGUUUUACAGUACUGAGGUCAUGGAGUACUUUUAAGUGAGAUAAAGUGUGUGUUGUUCACACACGCUUGAUGGGAACCAUAAAACACUAGGAUUGGGGAAAAAAGAUCAUGACAGGCCACAAGUUUGCAUGCAGUUGUUAUGGUUAGCUGCUGAACAGCUGACACUAAACUCUCAAGAUGAGUGGCUGUAUAUUUUUUUAUGGACUGAUUCUAGUCUGUUCACUGCCAUCCGUUAAAACUGAAAGAUUCUGCCACAGUUUUAUUAACAAGCUCAUGCAUUUAUUGAUUCAUCAAUUCAUCUGUCUCACAGUUUGCUACAUUUGCAGCCACAACUGCAUCGUCAUUUGGCAUUAUUGAAACCUUAACACUUGGUGUAGUAUCUUAUCGUUUUUCCUUUUAAUGCUGAAAAGAUAUUUAUUGUGGACCAAAAGCAUUGAAAGUCUUGUGCCUAGAGUAGAGGGGGAAAAAAUUCCAGUGAGACUUUAAAAUUAAUUUUAGUGACGUGUCAAAUGAGUUUAAUGAACUCAUGCAGUGUUGUUGUACACAUUAAACAGAGUUUACUGUUAAUGUUAUCACUGAAUGUUCUCUUCUUAAUUUAGAAAUGGCCUGUGAUUCCAAGAAUAGAGGAAUUUAUGUGUGAUUGCCACCCAGUCAGCUUUCAGGGGGAAAGUCUGUGUCAUGAGGUUAUGAUAUUUUAAUGAGCGGGAUGGCUGGAAGCAUUUUGUGAGUUUUCCUAUCUCAUCACUUAAACUCUGUGCUCUAAAAGUUUCCCUGGCCCGGGCUGCUCAGGAUCUGAACGUGGUGAAGCUGUCAGGGUGGCUGGUUUUUGAGCUGAGAUGGAGCAUCCUACACUUAGCAGUAUAGUGUUGUUUGAAACAUUUCUGAAGUCCCCAGUAAUUUUGUCAUUCUUGAGCAUUAAGCUAAUAAAUUCUUAUAAAAUAAUGAAUAUUCUGUUGUGGUGCUCAGAAAAGAAACACUUCAAAGGGCAGCUCAACAGGUUAAUAAGAGAACUAUGAAGUAGUGUUAAACAGCUGAUUGUUUGUCUUCUGUUGUUUUAUUAGCAUCCUGUAGACAUGUUCAAUGGGUUGUAUUAUGUGAUAGAAAUAAAUAUAUAUUAAAUGA